AUGGAACGGUACGAUAGACAGAUUAGGAUCUGGGGAGCAAAGGCACAGGAAGUGUUGGAGGACGCGAAAGUAGCGAUUUUUGCCAAGAAUUAUGGAGAACCAUUGGUUCAGGAAGUAGUGAAAAAUUUGGGUUUGGCGAAUGUUGGAAGUAUAAUACUUGUUUUGAAAGAAGUGCAUGAUGAAGGAUUGACUGAGAAUAAUGGAUUUUUCCUUAGUAUAUCUUCAAUGUUGAUGGGAAUAAGUACAGAUGUGGAAGUGACCGAUUGGAAUACUUUUGUAAACAAGGGCCUUCCGGUGUCGAUUGUAGUGACAUUAAAUCUGGAAGAUCCGAAGGAUAUUCAGUAUAUAAGUCAAUUGAGACGGGAACCUCUAAUUUCGGCCAAUGUCAAGAACGAAGAUGGAAUUGUGCAGUUGAUUAAACUUCCUGAACCGCAUAUUAUCAUGGAUACUCAUCCAGACUAUUUGGUUCCUUAUCUAUGGAUUGACCGUCCUUGGCCUGAGUUAAAGCGAUUUUACGAAUCAUUUGACAUGUCGCAGCUGGCGGAAAAUGGACAGUUGGCAAAAGUGCCAUACCCAGUUAUUUUAUACCACAUAGUCAAGGAUCGACCUGAUGGUGAUACGUGGGACUCCAAUGAUGUGAAGCAGAAGAUAGAUGAGAAGUUCCCCAAUCAGCGUGACUACCUCAACGUUAUCGAAGCUAGGAGAUUUGCACAUCUGGCACUUCGAACUGCAGAAAAUGACUGCAGACAACUUCAUGAAAUGCUUGACUGCGUGUGUUCGGAAAUGGUUGGAAAGACCAAAUGGUUUGACCUCUACAAUCAUACGUUGGCCAUUUUAUGCCUUUGCCUAAAGCAGCUUCUGUCUUCAAGCAGUUUCUGUCUUCCGAGUGCUAAGGACCUUCCUGACAUGGAAUCGAGUACAGAUAUUUACAGCCGAUUCCGUUCAAUUUACCAAGCGAAGGAAGAUGAAGACGUCGAAACCUUCUCGAAGUUACUCAGGACCCGUCCUGAGUCAGAGGACAUCUCGGACUCCACAGCGCGAGAAUUCCUCUCAAGCCUACGUCGUCUUGGAGUUCUCAGCUGUAAAAAGUACAAUGGAGAGUAUAGGAUUCCAGAUCCAAAGGGGCCUAUAAAUUCUCCUAUAGUUGUGAACCUUGCGAAAGUUUCAGAACGGCCAACAGCCUGUAAUUAUUUCCACGCAUCAUGUUUCAUUGGUGGGCUAGUCUCCCAAGAAAUUAUAAAACUCAUUACACAUCAACACGUACCCAUCGAUGACGUUUAUACAUAUUCCCCGGACCAACUCCGCUAG